CGUCUUGAUAUCAAUUACAUUGAUCUCAGUCAAUGUCAGUCUGCAUCACGUGAUCUGGCUCAGUUUAUUUGUAAGAUGCCUCAUCUCAAGGAACUUCAUCUUGGUGCUUAUCAAAACAGUUGGAAAUUUCAUGACGAGUUCUAUUCAACAUUAUCAUCCUUGGCAUCGUCUGCAAAGAUUGAGCGUCUUGAUAUCAAUUACAUUGAUCUCAGUCAAUGUCAGUCUACAUCACGUGAUCUGGCUCAGUUUAUUUGUAAGAUGCCUCAUCUCAAGGAACUUCAUCUUGGUGCUUAUCAAAACAGUCCGAAAUUUCAUGACGAGUUCUAUUCAACAUUAUCAUCCUUGGCAUCGUCUGCAAAGAUUGAGAUUCUUGAUCUCAGAGAGAAUCUCAGUGAACGUCCAUCUGCAUCACGUGAUCUCGCUCAAUUCAUCUGUAAGAUGAAUCAUCUGAAGAACCUCACACUCGACGGUCAGUAUCAUGAUGACUUCUACUCAACAGCAUCGUCGAUGGCAUCAACUUCAAAGAUUGAGAUUCUUCAUCACAAUGAGAAUCUCAGUGAACGUCCGUCUGCAUCACGUGAUCUCGCUCAGUUCAUCUGUAAGAUGAAUCAUCUGAAGAACCUCACACUCUACUACAGUCAAUAUCAUGAUGACUUCUACUCAACAGCAUCGUCGAUGGCAUCAACUUCAAAGAUUGAGAUUCUUGAUCUCAGAGAGAAUCUCAGUGAACGUCCAUCUGCAUCACGUGAUUUCGCUCAAUUCAUCUGUAAGAUGAAUCAUCUGAAGAACCUCACACUCUACGGUCAGUAUCAUGAUGACUUCUACUCAACAGCAUCGUCGAUGGCAUCAACUUCAAAGAUUGAGAUUCUUCAUCACAAGGAGAAUCUCUGUGAACGUCCAUCUGCAUCACGUGAUCUCGCUCAGUUCAUCUGUAAGAUGAAUCAUCUGAAGAACCUCAAACUCUGCGGUCAGUAUCAUGAUGACUUCUACUCAACAGCAUCGUCGAUGGCAUCAACUUCAAAGAUUGAGAUUCUUGAUCUCAGAGAGAAUCUCAGUGAACGCCCCUCUGCCUCACGUGAUUUCGCUCAGUUCAUCUGUAAGAUGAAUCAUCUGAAGAACCUCAAACUCUGCGGUCAGUAUCAUGAUGACUUCUACUCAACAGCAUCGUCGAUGGCAUCAACUACAAAGGAUGACUGCAACACGAGCUCAACUGUGACUGAUCUGACCGUUACUCAGGAGACGUUGAAAAGAUGGCAGGAUUGUGGUUCGAUGUUUGACAAUGUGAAGAGGAUCACCAUACAGGUAUGGGACAUGAUCAGAUGUGACGUCAUCCAGAGGAUCCAUCUACCAGCAGCGACAGAGCUCACCAUUCAAACAUAUGAGCAUGAGUAUUACCCGGCUUCUCUCCACGAUGAUCCCACUUCACUACUCAAUGCACUUCGCAAGGUCUCAUCUCAGCUUGUCAAGGUCACAUUCAGAGAUUUCAAAAUCGGUAACGACAAGACCGAACGCGUCAUUCAAGCUUUCAGAUCAACACCCCAUCUCAAACAUCUGAGGAUCCUAAGAUUCAUACGAUGUGGGACUGAUGAGAGAUUAGAUCGUUCUAGUAUUGAUUCCGAUGAUGAACAUAAGGUAAAGGUGGAGAUAGAACAUGGCAAACCAGUUGGUAAGAACUUUAGAAGAUGGAAGUUGCGGCAUCAAGGUCAUGACGAAUCAGACGAGCUUAAUAUUUAAGGAUGGCAGCCAACAAGAAGCCAUGAGUUAUUUUAUUUCCGAGUUCCACAAUUGGAACAGAUUUACUGAUAAUGAAGAUCCCACACCUCAACCAUUUGUUAAUGUGUCGGUUAAAUCAUGGACCUAUUAGACAAUCAACGCUAUCAUUUCUUUGAUCGAACGAGAUCCGCCGCCCAAUGAUAAUGUGCAUCUUAAUGAGAACAUACAGGUAUUUUGACAAUAGCGAUUACCAUGGCGUAUAUCUCAUUAUUUUCAAAGCACAACUUUACUGGUUUUAGUUAUGUUGGCUGAUGCCCUGUGUUAGAGAAUGCUUUUCAGUCAACAUGCUUUAGAU